GAGAGCGGGGUAGCCCGGCGCUUACACAUGUCACAUGUGCUUUUUAAGACGGCCGGGAGCGCCUGCGAGCUGGAUCUGGUGGAGGAUGCUGCGGCAGGUGCUUCGCAGAGGGCUCCAGUCGUUCUGCCACAGGCUGGGCUUGUGCGUGAGCCGGCACCCGGUCUUUUUCCUCACCGUGCCCGCAGUCCUGACCAUCACCUUCGGCUUCAGCGCGCUCAACCGCUUCGAGCCCGAGGGCGACCUGGAGCGCCUGGUCGCUCCCAGCCACAGCCUGGCCAAGAUCGAGCGCAGCCUGGCCAGCAGCCUUUUCCCCCUGGACCAGUCCAAAAGCCAGCUCUAUUCGGACUUGCACACCCCUGGGAGGUAUGGCAGGGUGAUCCUCCUCUCCCCACCCGGGGACAAUAUUUUGCUCCAGGCUGAGGGGAUCCUGCAGACCCACCGAGCCGUGCUGGAAAUGAAGGAUGGGAGGAACGGUUUUAUUGGACACCAACUGGGCGGGGUAGUGGAAGUACCAAACAGCAAGGACCAGCGGGUCAAGUCAGCCAGAGCCAUUCAAAUCACCUACUACCUCCAGACCUAUGGCUCUGCCACCCAAGACCUCAUAGGGGAGAAGUGGGAGAAUGAGUUCUCUAAGCUUAUGAGGAAGCUCCAGGAGGAGCAUCAAGACCUCCAGCUCUACUCUUUAGCAUCCUUUAGCCUCUGGAGAGACUUUCAUAAGACCAGCAUCAUGGCCAGAAGCAAAGUCCUGGUGAGCCUUGUGUUGAUCCUGACCACAGCCACCCUUUCCAGCUCCAUGAAGGACUGCUUGCGCAGUAAGCCCUUCCUGGGCCUCCUGGGGGUACUCACAGUGUGCAUCUCCAUCAUCACGGCAGCAGGGAUCUUCUUCAUCACUGAUGGAAAGUACAACUCCACCCUGCUGGGAAUCCCGUUCUUCGCCAUGGGUCAUGGAACUAAAGGAGUAUUUGAACUUCUGUCUGGAUGGCGGAGAACCAAAGAGAAUUUGUCCUUCAAAGACAGGAUAGCAGAUGCCUAUUCUGAUGUGAUGGUCACCUACACCAUGACCAGCUCCCUGUACUUUAUCACCUUUGGUAUGGGUGCCAGCCCAUUCACAAACAUAGAGGCUGUGAAGGUCUUCUGUCAGAACAUGUGUGUCUCCAUUCUGUUGAACUACUUCUACAUUUUCUCCUUCUUUGGGUCCUGUCUCGUCUUUGCUGGCCAACUAGAGCAAAACCGCUACCACAGCAUCUUUUGCUGCAAGAUCCCUUCUGCAGAGUACCUGGAUCGCAAGCCUGUGUGGUUCCAGGCAGUGAUGAGCGAUGGGCAUCAACAGACAUCCCAUCACGAGACGAACCCCUACCAGCAUCACUUCAUUCAGCACUUCCUCCGAGAACAUUACAAUGAGUGGAUUACCAAUAUCUACGUGAAGCCAUUUGUUGUCAUCCUGUAUCUCAUUUAUGCCUCCUUCUCCUUCAUGGGGUGCUUACAGAUCAGUGACAGAGCCAACAUCAUCAACCUACUAGCCAGUGAUUCCCCAAGCGUUUCCUUCGCCGUGGUUCAGCAAAAAUAUUUCAGCAACUACAGCCCCGUGAUAGGAUUCUACAUCUACGAGCCCCUGGAGUACUGGAACAGCAGCGUCCAGGAGGACCUACGAAGGCUCUGUAGUGGAUUCACUGCAGUGUCCUGGGUGGAGCAGUACUAUCAGUUCCUGAAAGUCAGCAACGUCAGUGCCAAUAACAAGAGUGACUUCAUCAGUGUCCUACAGAGCUCAUUUUUAAAAAAACCAGAAUUCCAGCACUUUCGAAACGAUAUCAUCUUCUCCAAGGCAGGAGAUGAAAACAACAUCAUUGCUUCUCGCUUGUAUCUGGUGGCCAGGACUAGCAGAGACAAGCAGAAGGAAGUCAUAGAAGUGUUAGAAAAGUUGAGGCCCCUAUCCCUCUCAAAGAGCAUCCGAUUCAUCGUGUUCAACCCCUCCUUUGUUUUCAUGGACCAUUACAGCUUGUCUGUCACAGUGCCUGUUCUGAUUGCAGGCUUUGGUGUUCUCCUGGUGUUAAUCCUGACUUUUUUCCUAGUGAUCCACCCCCUGGGAAACUUUUGGCUAAUUCUUAGCGUCACCUCAAUUGAGCUGGGCGUUCUGGGCUUAAUGACAUUAUGGAACGUCGACAUGGAUUGCAUUUCUAUCUUGUGCCUUAUCUACACCUUGAAUUUCGCCAUUGACCACUGUGCACCACUGCUUUACACAUUUGUAUUAGCAACUGAGCACACCCGAACACAAUGUAUAAAAAGCUCCCUGCAAGAGCAUGGGACAGCCAUUUUGCAAAAUGUUACUUCUUUUCUUAUUGGGUUGGUCCCCCUUCUAUUUGUGCCUUCGAACCUGACCUUCACACUGUUCAAAUGCUUGCUGCUCACUGGGGGUUGCACACUUCUGCACUGUUUUGUUAUUUUACCUGUGUUCCUAACCUUUUUCCCCCCUUCCAAAAAGCACCACAAGAAAAAGAAACGGGCCAAACGAAAGGAGAGAGAAGAAAUUGAAUGCAUAGAAAUUCAAGAGAACCCUGAUCACGUCACCACAGUCUGAGGGGUGCAGACUAAUGGAUUAUUUUUCUUUUCCAGUAUUGCACAAUGAUGCAGGGCGAGGAAAGCUCAGACCUCAGCUGCUUGGGCUGGCCAGGAGUAACAAGGCAAGUCAGAUCAAGAGUGCAUUAUUCAUGACACAUCAAGGUGUCUGCUUCUUGGGGGGAAGAGGGAAUAAGAAAAGGGGGGAAAGUUCUUUGCAACCUUGUUCUCUACUAAAGAUAAUUUUCUGGAUGUAAUCUUAGAGUUCUUCCAAGGAAUGGACAAAUCAAUG